CUCUUCCUGCCUGCGGCCGAGCAACAAGUCCUCAACAAGUCCACAAAAAGUCCACAAGAUGUUCGUCUUUGUGCAGAAAGAUCCGCUCCAAAUUGCAAAAUGACAAAAGGUGUCCGCGGGCGGCGGCGGGGACACGCGUGACGUGUCUGUGGAAGUAGUCUGCGUGGAAGAUGCUGGGCAUGUACGUGCCGCACAGAUUCUCCCUCAAAGCCUCCAAAGUCCAGGACGGGAUCGGCCUUUUCACGGCGAGGCGGGUGAAAAAGGGAGAGAAGUUUGGACCCUUUGCAGGCGAGAAGAAGCUUCCUUGCGAGCUGGACGAAGGUUCUGACAGCAGACUUAUGUGGGAGGUCCGCGGCAGCAAGGGGGAUGUUCUCUACAUCCUGGACGCCAGCAACCCGCGCUACGCCAACUGGCUGCGCUUCGUCCACCAGGCACCUUCGCAGGAGCAGAAGAACCUGGCGGCCAUUCAGGACGGAGAGAACAUCUUCUACCUGGCUGUGGACGACAUCGAGACUGACACGGAGCUCCUGAUUGGCUUCCUGGACAGCGACAUGGAGGAGGAGGAGGAGGAGGAAGAGGAGGAGUUGACCAAGGAUGAGGAGGAGAGCAGCAAGGAGGCCAAGCACCUUCUAGAAAUGGAGCUGGUCAUCAAGAAGGAAGACCACCCCUGCCUGCUGUGUGAGAGCAGCUUCCCCAGUGAGGAGAUCCUGGCGGCCCACCUGCAGAGUCUGCACCAGAGACCCAGCACCGAGGACAAGGACUUCAAGUGCAGGAACUGUGGCAAGAAGUUCCCUGUCAAGCAAGCCCUGCAGCGCCACGUGCUGCAUUGUUCAGAAGCAGCCAGUCCUUCAGGAGAGUCCAAGGCCCAUCAGUGUUCGUUGUGUCACAGCACCUUCAGCUCAGAGUCCAGCUUCGAGCAGCACAAGGAGGCGUGCAGAGGAGACGCCAGGUUCAUCUGCAAGGAGGAGAGCUGCGGGAAAAGGUUCAAGAGCAAGGACGCUCUGAAGAAACAUAAAGGCAACGUGCACACAGGGAGUGCAAGAAGGAAGCUCACCUGUACGAUAUGCAACAGGAAGUGUUCCUCUUCUCUCAAUCUACAAGAACAUAGAAAGAUCCAUGAAAUAUUUGAAUGUCACGCCUGCGACAAGAAGUUCAUCUCCACCAAUCAGCUCAAGCGUCACAUGAUCACACACUCAGAGAAGCGGCCGUACACCUGCGAGAUCUGCAGCCGCUCCUUCAAGCGCCUGGACCAGGUGACGGCCCACAAGAUCAUCCACAGCGAGGACAAGCCCUACAAGUGCAAACUGUGUGGGAAGGAGUUCGCCCACAGGAACGUCUACAAGAACCACAAGAAGACACACUCGGAGGAGAGACCCUUCCAGUGCGAGGAGUGCAAGGCUCUCUUUCGCACACCCUUCUCUCUACAGCGCCACCUACUCAUCCACAACAGCGAGAGGACCUUCAAGUGUGACCAGUGCAACGCCACCUUCAAGCGGAAGGACACGCUCAACGUGCACAUCCAGGUGGUGCACGACGGCCACAAGAAGUACAAGUGUGACCUGUGUGAGAAGGCCUUCGUCACGCCCUCCGUCCUCAAGAGCCACAAGAAGACGCACACGGGCGAGAAGGAGAAGAUCUGUCCCUACUGCGGACAGAAGUUUGCCAGCAACGGCACGCUGAGGGUCCACAUCCGCAGCCACACAGGAGAGCGACCCUAUCAGUGUCCGUACUGCGACAAAGCCUUCAGCAAGAAUGAUGGACUAAAGAUGCACAUCCGCACGCACACACGAGAGAAACCCUACAAGUGCAGUGAGUGUAACAAGGCCUUCAGUCAGAAAAGAGGACUGGAUGAACACAUGAGGACUCACACAGGAGAGAAACCUUUCCAGUGUGAUGUGUGCGACCUGUCCUUCAGCCUGAAGAAGAUGCUGAGUCGACACAAGUUGACCCACAACCCCAACCGUCCAAUGGCGGAGUGCCAGCUGUGCCACAAGAAGUUCACCAGGAACGACUACCUCAAAGUGCACAUGGAGAACGUCCACGGAGAAACCGAGAGCUAGGACUCCUCCAAGAACCGGACACCUUGGUGGAUCCUGAAGGUCUUUGGUGAUCUCGCUGCUGUCCGUCACACUCAAGUCUUACAUUUCCUGUCUGACCUAGUACUAGUACUAGUCCUAGUUAGUUAAAAGUACUAGUACGAGUCCUACUACUUUUAUACUCGCAGUACUGUGGAAAUGUCCAGCAGUUAUAUCCAUGACCAGUCUACUUCCUGCUACUACUUCCUGCUACUACUUCCUGUUUCUACUUCCUGUUUAUACUUCCUGAUUCUAAUUCCUUCCUCUAAGUCCUUCUACUACUUCCUGCUACUACUUCCUCUCUCUACUUCCUGCUACUACUUCCUCCCUCUACUUCCUGCUACUACUUCCUCUCUCUACUUCCUGCUACUACUUCCUCUCUCUACUUCCUGCUACUACUUCAUGUUUCUACUUUCUGCUACUACUUCCUCUCUCUACUUUCUGCUUCUAAUUCCUUCCUCUAAGUCCUGCUACUACUUCCUCUCUCUACUUCCUGCUACUACUUCAUGUUUCUACUUCCUGCUACUAUUUCCUCUCUCUACUUCCUGCUACUGCUUCAUGUUUCUACUUCCUGCUACUACUUCCUCUCUCUACGUCCUGCUUCUAAUUCCUUCCUCUAAGUCCUGCUACUACUUCCUCUCUCUAAUUCCUGCUACUACUUAUUCUCUCUACUUCCUGCUACUACUUCAUGUUUCUACUUCCUGCUACUACUUCCUCUCUCUACUUCCUGCUACUACUUUAUGCUACUACUUCCUGUUUCUACUUCCUGUUUCUACUUCCUGAUUCUAAUUCCUUCCUUUAAGUCCUGCUACUACUUCCUGCUACUACUUCCUCUCUCUACUUCCUGCUACUACUUCAUGUUUCUACUUCCUGCUACUACUUCCUCUCUUUACGUCCUGCUACUGCUUCCUCUCUCUACUUCCUGCUUCUAAUUCCUGUUUCUACUUCCUGCCCCUAAUUCCUGCUUCUACUUCCUGCUACUACUUAAUACUACUACUUCCUGUUUCUACUUCCUGAUUCUAAUUCCUUCCUCUAAGUCCUGCUACUACUUCCUGCUACUACUUCCUCUCUCUACUUCCCGCUACUACUUCAUGUUUCUACUUCCUGCUACUACUUCCUCUCUCUACUUCCUGCUACUGCUUCCUCUUUCUACUUCCUGCUUCUAAUUCCUGUUUCUAUUUCCUGCCCCUAAUUCCUGCUACUACUUCCUCUUUCUAAUUACUUUUUCUAGUUCCUGCUGUUACUUCCUGUUUAUACUUCGGGCAUCCAUAGACAUCUUAUAAGUAGACACAGCAUUGGCUGCUGUGACGCGAGAAAUUGGGCCGCCAUCUUGAAGUGGUGAUGAGGAGCCGGCGAGCAGCCUAAACUGACAGUUGACAGGUAGAAAACAAAGAUGGUGUUCAGCGUUUUCCUGCUCAAAUGAGCGGACCGUUGAAAAUAGGAAUCGGGGGAUUACUUUUCACAAGUAAGAUUUAACAUUAACGUACCAUUGGUUGUAUUUUGUGAAAAUAUUAUUACCACAGAGUUGAUCUUCAAUAGUACUGAUUAUGAUGCAUUCUCAUUUUAGGCAAAGUAUAAGACAAUACUUUCUUAACAGUAUAAUUGUAACCAGGAAUAAGUCUUCAAGUAACAAUAUUCAAAUACUAACAUUGUUGGGUAAGACAGAAUUUUGUUUUAUUCUGAAUGCAGUGAAACAGAUUGGUGGUUUUAGCUGAUAUAAAGACUUUCAGGUGUUUAUGUUGAAGUAUUUGGCAGACGCUUUUAUCCAAAGCGACAUACAUAUAAAACAAUCACUCUAAAUAUGAUCAUUUAAGUUAAGAAUGUAAUACAACAUAUCAAUACGAAGUGUCAAGACAGAAUAAACUCUGCAGUCUAUAGGUCCCUAAGAUAUAUAGAUAUCUAAUGUAUUCAUACAUUGUUUAUGUAGGAUAUACGCAUGUAUAUAUAUAACCUAAUCAUAUUGUUUCUUCAAUUUAAAAAAGCUGACCGUUUUUCCCCUUCUCUGGGAUUAUAUUCCCAGUUUUGAUCUCGUACGUCUGGUCACUUAUAGCAUAUAAGAAUAAUCUAUUACUGUUACGCAAACUAUGAAUAAUAAAACACGCCAAAACAUAUGUCCUUUAUCAUAGCUACAUGUAUGACAAAAAAGCGGGUAAAAAUCAGUGGUAUUCAGUGAGGCAAAAUAAAUUAAAUGCAGUUCAUUGCUCCUGCCAAAUAAAUUGCACUGAGUGAAGCGGAUCACCACUCCAAGAUGGCGGCCCCGCGUCUCGUCAGCGCCAGUAGGCAGUAGCGCUCCAUGCUGCGUACCCUUACAAGAUGUCUAUGCCUGCAUCUAAGUCCUGCUACUACUUCCCGUUUCUACUUCCUGCUUCUAAUUCCUGCUAUUACUUCCUGUUUCUACUCCCUGCCUCUACGUCCUGCUACUACUUCCUGUUUCUACUUCCUACCCUAAUUCCUGCUACUACUUCCUGUUUCUACUUCUUGCCUUUAAUUCCUACUACUACUUCCUGUUUCUACUUCCUGCUACUUCUUCCUGCUUCUACGUCUUCCCUUUAAUUUCUGCUAUUACUUCCUGUGUCUACUUCCUGGUACUACUUGAUGUUACUACUUCCUGCCAUUGCUUCCUGCUAUUACUUCCUUCCUCCGAUCCCUGUUUCUACUUCCUGCUACUACCUCCUACUUCUACUUCUACGUCUGCGUCCUGCCUCUAAUUCAUGCUUCCAUUACUCCUUGCUACUACUUCCUGUUUAUAUGUCCUGUAUUUACUUCAUGCCUCUACUUCCUGCCUCUAAUUCCUGCUCCUGUUUCCUUCUACUUCCGGUUUCUACUACUUGCUUUUAAUUUCUGCUAUUACUUUCUGCCUUUACUUCCUGCCUUUACUUCCUGUUACUACUUCCUGCUUAUACUUCUUGCCUUUAAUUUCUGCUGCUACUUCCUGCUUCUACUACUCCUUGCUACUACUUCCUUCUAAUGCGUCCCGCUUUUCAUUUAUGCUACUACUUAAUGCUUUUAUUCCUUCGACUACUUCUUUUGACUACUUCCUGUUUCUACUUCCUUCUAUUACCUCCUGCCACUACUUCCUGCUUCCUGCAACAACACAGUAUGUAGUACAGUAACUACUUCCUGCCACAACACAGUAUGUAGUACAGUAACUACUUCCUGCAACAACACAGUAUGUAGUACAGUGACUACUUCCUGCAACAGCACAGUAUGUAGUACAGUAACUACUUCCUGCAACAACACAGUAUGUACUACAGUAACUACUUCCUGCAACAACACAGCAUGUAGUACA